CGCCCCACACUGCCGAGCAGAGUCCUGGUGGGGUGCCUGGGUCCCUCCCCAUUCCAGUGGGAGCCUCCCCUUCACCAGGCAGGGCAGGGCAGGGUGGAAGAGCCUGACCUUGUGUCUGAGGGAGCCGGGCAGGUGGGAGCUGACCCUGGGUCAGAGGCCCCCUCCUGGGGCCACUUUCACGGCCCAUGCUUGGCACCGUCAGCACUGGGUGGGGCCGGGCCGAGGGGCCCUCCACUUAACAGCAGAGUCAGCGUGCGGGGCCAGCGCAGGCUGAUAACCGCACGGAACUUCCCAGGCACCCUGUGUGGCCGCACUGCUCCCUCUGGCCCAACCAUGCCUCUGCCCAGCCACCUGCUGCCCGCCUUGGUCCUGUUCCUGGGCCACCUGGCUGUCAACCUCCCAGCAGCAGGGUCCUCAGGCUGGGCCUGGGUCCCCAACCACUGCAGGAGCCCUGGCCAGGCCGUGUGCAACUUCGUGUGUGACUGCAGGGACUGCUCAGAUGAGGCCCAGUGUGGUUACCACGGGGCCUCGCCCACCCUAGGCGCCCCCUUCGCCUGUGACUUCGAGCAGGACCCCUGCGGCUGGCAGGACAUUAGUACCUCAGGCUACAGCUGGCUCCGAGACAGGGCAGGGGCCGCACUGGAGGGUCCUGGGCCUCACUCAGACCACACACUGGGCACCGACUUGGGCUGGUACAUGGCCGUUGGAACCCACCGAGGGAAAGAGGCAUCCACCGCAGCCCUGCGCUCGCCAACCCUGCGAGAGGCAGCCUCCUCCUGCAAGCUGAGGCUCUGGUACCACGCGGCCUCUGGAGAUGUGGCUGAACUGCGGGUGGAGCUGAUCCAUGGCGCAGAGACCCUGACCCUGUGGCAGAGCACAGGGCCCUGGGGCCCUGGCUGGCAGGAGUUGGCAGUGACCACAGGCCGCAUCCGGGGUGACUUCCGACCCCCCAGGCCAACUGUCCCCUGGGACACCACCACUGCCAGAACAAGGUCUGCGUGGAGCCCCAGCAGCUGUGCGACGGGGAAGACAACUGCGGGGACCUGUCUGAUGAGAACCCACUCACCUGUGGUGAGGCCAGAGUGGGGGCCCAGAGUGAGGCUGGGAGACUGGACGCCUCGGUGGGGGCCCUGGCACUCAUCCAGGAGGGGGUACCUUGGAUCCUUGGAUGGUCCUUCUCGGGUUGUGGUUGCCAGGGCCCCCCUGGAGCUGGGGCCAUACGGCUUCAGGAAGCACUGCCUGGUGGCCCUGAUACGCCCACCUCCUGCCCUAGGCCGCCACAUAGCCACCGACUUUGAGACAGGCCUGGGCCCAUGGAACCGCUCGGAAGGCUGGUCCUGGAACCACCGCGCUGGUGGUCCUGAGCGCCCCUCCUGGCCACGCCGUGACCACAGCCGGAACAGUGCACAGGGCUCCUUCCUGGUCUCCGUGGCCGAGCCUGGCACCCCUGCUAUACUCUCCAGCCCCGAAUUCCAAGCCUCAGGCACCUCCAACUGCUCGCUGGUCUUCUAUCAGUACCUGCGUGGGUCUGAGGCUGGCUGCCUCCAGCUGUUCCUGCAGACUCUGGGGCCCAGCACCCCCCGGGCCCCCGUCCUGCUGCGGAGGCGCCGAGGGGAGCUGGGGACCGCCUGGGUCCGAGACCGUGUUGACAUCCAGAGCGCCCACCCCUUCCAGAUCCUCCUGGCCGGGCAGACAGGCCCGGGGGGCGUCGUGGGUCUGGACGACCUCAUCCUGUCUGACCACUGCAGACCAGUCUCGGAGGUGUCCACCCUGCAGCCACUGCCUCCUGGGCCCCGGGCCCCAGCCCCCCAGCCCCUGCCGCCCAGCUCGCGGCUCCAGGAUUCCUGCAAGCAGGGGCAUCUUGCCUGCGGGGACCUGUGUGUGCCCCCGGAACAACUGUGUGACUUCGAGGAGCAGUGCGCAGGGGGCGAGGACGAGCAGGCCUGCGGCACCACAGACUUUGAGUCCCCCGAGGCCGGGGGCUGGGAGGACGCCAGCGUGGGGCGGCUGCAGUGGCGGCGUGUCUCAGCCCAGGAGAGCCAGGGGUCCAGUGCAGCUGCUGCUGGGCACUUCCUGUCUCUGCAGCGGGCCUGGGGGCAGCUAGGCACUGAGGCCCGGGUCCUCACACCCCUCCUUGGCCCUUCUGGCCCCAGCUGUGAGCUCCACCUGGCUUAUUAUUUACAGAGUCAGCCCCGAGGCUUCCUGGCACUAGUUGUGGUGGACAGCGGCUCCCGGGAACUGGCAUGGCAGGCCCUGAGCAGCAGUGCAGGCAUCUGGAAGGUGGACAAGGUCCUUCUAGGGGCCCGCCGCCGGCCCUUCCGGCUGGAGUUUGUCGGUUUGGUGGACUUGGAUGGCCCUGACCAGCAGGGAGCUGGGGUGGACAACGUGACCCUGAGGGACUGUAGCCCCACAGUGACCACCGAGAGAGACAGAGAGGUCUCCUGUAACUUUGAGCGGGACACAUGCAGCUGGUACCCAGGCCACCUCUCAGACACACACUGGCGCUGGGUGGAGAGCCGCGGCCCUGACCACGACCACACCACAGGCCAAGGCCACUUUGUGCUCCUGGACCCCACAGACCCCCUGGCCUGGGGCCACAGUGCCCACCUGCUCUCUAGGCCCCAGGUGCCAGCAGCACCCAUGGAGUGUCUCAGCUUCUGGUACCACCUCCAUGGGCCCCAGAUUGGGACUCUGCGCCUAGCCAUGAGACGGGAAGGGGAGGAGACACACCUGUGGUCGCGGUCAGGCACCCAGGGCAACCGCUGGCACGAGGCCUGGGCCACCCUUUCCCACCAGCCUGGCUCCCAUGCCCAGUACCAGCUGCUGUUCGAGGGCCUCCGGGACGGAUACCACGGCACCAUGGCGCUGGACGAUGUGGCCGUGCGGCCAGGCCCCUGCUGGGCCCCUAAUUACUGCUCCUUUGAGGACUCAGACUGCGGCUUCUCCCCUGGAGGCCAAGGUCUCUGGAGGCGGCAGGCCAAUGCCUCGGGCCAUGCUGCCUGGGGCCCCCCAACAGACCAUACCACUGAGACAGCCCAAGGUAUGGGGGCCUGGCAGGGGCAGGGAUUGAGGGGCUGGCCAGGGGCUGGCAGGCUGAUGCUGGCACCUCCAGGGCACUACAUGGUGGUGGACACAAGCCCAGACGCACUACCCCGGGGCCAGACGGCCUCCCUGACCUCCAAGGAGCACAGGCCCCUGGCCCAGCCUGCUUGUCUGACCUUCUGGUACCACGGGAGCCUCCGCAGCCCAGGCACCCUGCGGGUCUACCUGGAGGAGCGCGGGAAGCACCAGGUGCUCAGCCUCAGUGCCCACGGCGGGCUUGCCUGGCGCCUGGGCAGCGUGGACGUGCAGGCCGAGCGAGCCUGGAGGGUGGUGUUUGAGGCAGUGGCCGCAGGCGUGGCACACUCCUACGUGGCUCUGGAUGAUCUGCUCCUCCAGGACGGGCCCUGCCCUCAGCCAGGUGGGAGCCCUGCCGUGGCCUCGGCCCUGCUCUGGGGCGCCUGCCUAGCCCUUUCCCUUCGUAGUCGUGGUGCCCAGGGCUUGGGCCGUGGGGCAGCACCACUCACCCACCCAUGUCCUGCAGGUUCCUGUGAUUUUGAGUCUGGCCUGUGUGGCUGGAGCCACCUGGCCUGGCCCGGCCUGGGCGGAUACAGCUGGGACUGGGGCGGGGGAGCCACCCCCUCUCGUUACCCCCAGCCCCCUGUGGACCACACCCUGGGCACAGAGGCAGGCCACUUUGCCUUCUUUGAAACGGGCGUGCUGGGCCCCGGGGGCCGGGCCGCCUGGCUGCGCAGCGAGCCUCUGCCGGCCACCCCAGCCUCCUGCCUCCGCUUCUGGUACCACAUGGGUUUUCCUGAGCACUUCUACAAGGGGGAGCUGAAGGUGCUGCUGCACAGUGCUCAGGGCCAGCUGGCUGUGUGGGGCGCAGGCGGGCAUCGGCGGCACCAGUGGCUGGAGGCCCAGGUGGAGGUAGCCAGUGCCAAGGAGUUCCAGAUCGUGUUUGAAGCCACUCUGGGCGGCCAGCCAGCCCUGGGGCCCAUUGCCCUGGAUGACGUGGAGUAUCUGGCCGGGCAGCAUUGCCAGCAGCCUGCCCCCAGCCCGGGGAACACAGCCGCACCCGGGUCUCUGCCAGCUGUGGUUGGCAGUGCCCUCCUAUUGCUCAUGCUCCUGGUGCUGCUGGGACUUGGGGGACGGCGCUGGCUGCAGAAGAGGGGGAGCUGCCCCUUCCAGAGCAACACAGAGGCCACAGCCCCCGGCUUUGACAACAUCCUUUUCAAUGCGGAUGGUGUCACCCUCCCGGCAUCUGUCACCAGCGAUCCGUAGACCACCCCAGACAAGGCCCCGCUUCCUCAUCCAGCACUUGGUCAGACCCUAACCAGGGACCGGACACCUGCCCUGCCCAGGCUGGGACAGGCUGCAGGUCUCAGGACAUGCUGAGGCCUGGGCAUUCCCUGCCCUGUGCUGACUCUGUUGUUCUGUGAAUAAACACCCUGGCCCAUGAGGGCAGCCCAA